AUGGUCAUGGCGGGCACAUCCAACCACAGCGACGCAAUAAUGUGCAGCUCCGCUGUCGUCGCCAUCACCAUCGCCAUUGACUGCACAGCCGCCAUCACACUCCAGCCGACACCAGCCCCAAUCUGGCGUGAGGCAGACAUUGCACAUGUCAGUCGCUCUGAUGAAUGUGCCGUUGGCGAGGCGCAUGAAGCGGUAAAGCCAACGAUGAUGACAAUGACGACGAGUGAUGAAGCAACAGCAGUACCUGAUGUGGCUGCAUUGUGGAUGAACUGGCCCUCUGGCUCUGGUCCAUCUCCUCCUCGUCGUCGUUUUUGGUCACCAACAGCAGCAGCUGCGGCCAUGGAUGUGGAGGGUGUGAUGUGCGUCGAUGCGCCGUUGCCUCGCAUGACGACGAUGAUUGUGGACGGUGGCCGUUCUCUUCCCAGGCCCUCAUGA